AUGGCAGCUACUGAAAUCGUGACGGUGCGGCCAGAUUGCUCCGAUGGCCUCACAGUUGAGGUCCAAAAUCUCUUUGAUGCCUCCAAUGGACAAUUACAUGAUGAAUCUCAACAAAAUAAAUUGCACCAGCAAACUUCAAAAACCGCGGAAGUUGCUGUAUCGGCAGACAUUGCUCCGAUUGAUCCCAAUUCUACCGUAUUGGAUGAGAUUCGAGAUUUGAGAGAGCAACUUCAGCGUCUGCAAAUGCAAGCCAGCGUCGACUCAUCGAAUGCAAAAAAGAAUAUAUUGCAACCCUCACCUGACGAAUUCAAGAAGCUGCAGAGCAUCAAAGAUUGCCUGCGUAAGCAUCGGCACGAGUGGGAUGAUCUAAAUGGCUUGGAAGCCCCCUUGAGUGAAAUUUCACUACAAGAAGCUAUUGGCCAUCUAGAUAAUUCUUCCAGUUAUAAGCUAAAUGCCAGUAUUAGCCUUGCGCAAGGUAGCAGAUACUGGGCAAACUACUAUCUCAGUCAAAUCACUGAGUCCGACGAUGAGGAUGAUGAAGACUGUGGCGAUGAUUGGGAACGAUCUCGACGCGAGACAUUGAUGAUGAAACGCCGCGAACAUCUGAGAUCAAUGGAGUUGAAUGUAGAGAGUAUCACCGAAGAGUUGAUGCGAAUGCGCCUAAGCAGAAGGCUGCGGAAGAAAGAGAAGGCCGCCAAGUUGCAGCAAGAAGCUGAAAUGAGAGCUGCCAAACAAGAAGAAGAACAUAAAAAAGAUGGAACGUCUACUGCAGAUGAAGAAGAAAUUCCGACUAAGCCUGAACCGAUAAUUUAUGCGGUGCCGAAGGCCAACUUAAUUGAUUGGACCUCAUUCAAAGAUUUAGGCCGGGCAGCAGAGAGUAUUUCUUGCGUUAUUGAUGUUCUUGUGGGUGAGCCAGUGAUCGAAAAAGAAAGUUGGGAACACAAUUGGAAAAGGCGUGGUCGCCUUGCGGAGAAACCUCAAGCCCAGAAACCUCAAGCCCAGAAACCUACAGCAGUGUCUUCGGGACCACGAGGUCAAGGUCCUUUACCCGAGAGGAUAAGGAUUCACUCUAGCCUAUUUUUGAAGAUUUUUGCGAAGCUCAUUGACCCUGAUGGAGUCACGCUGGAUAUUAACACGACAUCUGUCGUAUUCCUUCGGCCGUUCAAAGCAAUCACCCAGUAUGAAGAUAGAAUACGAGAGUGGCUUACAAGGAGGGGAGAGAGCAUUGAAAAACAAGAUGAGAUGGUUAACCCCACCGUUGAAGUCAAUAAUGAUGAUAAAGAAUUGGAGUCACCGACUGCAAUGGCGCAUUUAAGAUGUGUCUUGGAUUUCUUCGAUGCUCAUAUUGCGGCAAGGAUUGAGUUUUUGCAAAGUCCCGGAUGCCGCAAAGUCUUUUACUCGGACCUUUGGCAUGUUUAUCGACCAGGAAUGGAGGUGAUUGGCCUCGACGGCAAACAAGCAUACCGCGUUAUUCAAGUCACCAGUUCUAGACACCGGCCCAUUUCUAAUCGUCAAUUCUAUUACAACUAUGCAUAUGCGCGCAAGGAUGAUACCAAUUCUGAACCUGCAGAAUUCACUAUAUAUUCCUCUUACAUCGACUUUGAUGGAAAAUACAUCGGACCGGUUCUACGCACAUUCGAAAUCAAAAGAUUCGAAGGGGAAAGGGAUAUUACCUCUUUAGAGGUUUAUCCGCUCCGGUUUCACAAACUUAAACGAAGCGAAUUCAAUAGUAUGCAAUGGAAUGAGCUCGAAAAGCAUCCAGAACAAGAUCGAUGUCGCGCCAAUCUUAUUCAACGAGGGGCUAAAUUCGUUGAAGCCGCCGGCAUUAAGCACAUGUAUUAUUCCGGCUCGACUAUGGUCGUUAGAGAAGAAGUCGAGAGUCAAGUAGUAGUUGACUUUGAGACAUGUUUUGCGGCGGAAGGCGAAUUACAGGAACACAUAAAACGACCUUCUCUAGAGAGCUUUAUUGGUGAGAGUAUUGAAGGCCGGGACAACCAAGGAUUAUCUCUCGAACGGUGUGAGUGCUGUCUCUAUGAUACUGUCUAUGAAGAUGACAAAUUUGUGGACAAGAAUCAACGCAACGAGUAUAUAAACUCCGUCCUGUCUAAGAAGAAUAGGGAAGAGCCCCCAUCUGUGGCAAUUUUCCCGAGGCUAUUUGACGAGAUAAAGACAUUGUCACCUGAUGAUUCUGCUUUCUCAGAUGAUGAACUGGUCAUCAUGUCUUAUCGAGUAUUCGGAUUUGUUCUGCGUAAUAGAAAAUGGGCACAGCUAGAUCUCACCUACUUGACUGAAGUGCGGGAGGCUAUCCCGCCAGCUCUAACUGAUGAGCAGCGAAAGAGAGAUGACAAUGGUGGAAAAGAAAAAGAUACCGCAUUCGACCAUCUUGUUUUGGAGGAUGGUCAUAAAGAUAUGAUUGUCUCGCUUAUUACUCAGCAUUUCCGAGACAAAGAGGUAAAGGGGGCUCAAACGGAACAAGUAGAUAUUGUGAGGGGAAAAGGGAAGGGCUUGAUUCUGCUCUUGCAUGGUGCUCCUGGUGUUGGCAAAACAUCUACUGCAGAGGGCGUGGCUGAGCGUUUUAGAAAGCCUCUUUUUCAAAUAACAUGCGGUGACUUAGGAGUGACAGCAAGAGACGUUGAAAAGACACUCCAAACUAACUUUAAUCUUGCCACAAAAUGGGGAUGUAUUUUAUUAUUAGAUGAAGCAGACGUUUUUCUUGCUCAAAGAGAUAAAUCAGAUUUUGUACGGAAUGGAAUGGUAGCAGCAUUUCUACGGGUUCUAGAAUAUUAUGCCGGAAUCUUGUUCUUAACAACAAACCGCAUUGGUGACUUUGAUGAGGCUUUUACCUCGCGAAUCCACAUUAGUCUUUAUUAUCCCGAACUUGAUAACGAUAAAACAAUCGACAUUUUCAAGCUUAACCUUGAUCUCAUUCAAAAUCGAUUCAACAGAAUGGGCCGUACAAUUCAGAUAGAUUAUAAGGGGAUCGAGCGUUUUGCAAAAAUGCACUAUUGGUGGUAUUACGAUUCCCGAUGGAACGGGCGUCAGAUCCGCAAUGCGUGCCAGACAGCCUUGGCGCUCGCAGAAUAUCAAGCCCAGCAAGACAGCAAAUCAACCGAGCUCGAUUCGAAAGUCCCCGUCAAAUUAGGUGUCGAUUAUUUCGAAACCGUUCGCAAUGCUUAUCUCGAAUUCACCAAGUAUUUGGUUGAUCUUUAUGGCGCCAGUACCGCUGCAGUGGCUGAGGAGAGAUACCUUCGCGCGAAAGAGAAGGCAAAUGGAGGACGAGAUCCAUUAUUUACAACAAAUCAACUUCUUCGAAUGAAGAAAGAUGGAGCCGAGCCUGGGCGCUUCAAAUCGCCUACUCUGCAGCGAAAGCCGAGUCAGGGAGUGUACAACUCCGGAGAGGCUGAUCAAAGAAGCUGGGAAAGGCGAUCUCUAAAGUCUCAGAAUGCCAGCUCCAUUCGCGAUCGCAAUCAAACUGACUUUUCGUCGUCAAAUCCAACGGCUGGCCCGAUCCAGCGUUUCUUGCAAUCAGAGAGAUUGGGACAGCCACGAGAUUUAUCUCAGCAGCUGGAUAUAGAGAGGGAGUCGAGCAGCCGAAGCUAUAACAAUAGUCAGCGGAGCAAAGGAAAAAGAGGGUCCCAAUCAAACUGGGACCACGAUGACUUUGAAGAAGAUGGCAGCGAGUAUUCUGAUACGCAACGGCGGCGCCAGAAUCAGCGCCAGAAACGGCGACAACAAGAGCCAGAUGGGAUGUCGGAAGAAGAGCAAGAAGAUGACGACGAUGAUUUCAGUCUUGAAGAAGAAGCCGCACCAGCAAACAACCGUGGUCGAAGAGAGCCAGAUGAACCCCGAUAUACCAGGAACAGGAAGUAA